AUGGACACCAUAACCUCCCUCCUCCACCCCACCGAGCUCAUCCUCCCCUCCAACCCCCUCUACACCCCCCUCUCCCUCGUCUGGUCCGCCCAGAAAAACCUCUCCCCCCGCCUCGUCGCCCGCCCCGCCUCCCUCGCCUCCCUCUCCCGCCUCCUCGCCGCCCUCAACACCACAGACCUCGACUUCGCCAUCCGCGGCGGCGGCUGCGGCUCUGCGUCCGCGUCCGACGUGCUGAUCAGCCUCGACGCCUUCUCCGAGGUCACGUUCGACCGAGCGACCGAGACGGUGAUCGUGGGCGCGGGACAGGUGUGGGGCAGUGUGGAUCGGAAGAUGGAAGCGGAGGCACCAGACUACGCAGUCGUCGGUGCGCGCUGCACGUACGUUGGCGUGGGCGGGAGCAUGCUGCAGGGCGGCGCGGUGUCGUGGAUCUCGUCCGAGCACGGCAUGGGCUCGGACCCGCACAACAUGCUCGACGCGCAGGUCGUGAAGAUGGACGGGAGCGUUGUGUGGGCGUCGGUGGAGCCGGAGCUGCUGUGGGCGCUCAGGGGCGGGGGUGGGAAUUUUGGGGCGGUUACGGCGUUCAAGCUGAAGGCGUAUAAGUAUACUUCUGAUGUUUAUAGCGGCAUGAUCAUGUACCCUCGCUCCGCGCUCCCGGCGCUUGCGAAGGCGGAGUCGGCGUUUGCGGAACGGUGUCAUGAUGCCAAGAUGGCGAUGCACUUCUUCUGUCUUGAUCUUACGCAGGGCGCGUUUACAGGGCAGCCGACGCAGCCUGGGGUGGCGAUUCUCGUGUAUGAUGCGCAUGGCGAAAAGCAUGGGCGGAGUGAGGCGGGGUUCAAGUGGGCGCUGGAGAUUGAAGGCGCGACUGAUGCGACGAAGUCGAUGAGUUUGUGGGAUGUGAACAGGCAGAGUGAUAACCUUGACGCGAUGAGAGGACUCACGAAUCAGAUGAUGUCUGCUAUAACGAUCCCUGCGUUCGACGAGGCAAUGAUUCAUAGGACGUGGAAUUGGUUUGAUCAAUUGUUGGCGGAGGAACCAUUGCUGAAUGCCGGGACAUUUGUGCUCGUGGAGCUCAUGCAAAGACCGGCUUUCAACUCGACCAAAUCCUCGGAAGACACCGCAUGGCCUCGUCCGAGCAACCGUCAUAUCAUGCAACUAGGCACUGGUGGCCUGAAAGGCUGCUCGCCGGAAGUCCAUGCCAAAGCCGUGAAAGGACUUGCAGACGCGCAAACCACAAUUUGCCCAGAGAGCAAAGCUUCAGACCUGAUACCUAGGGACUUCGAAGUGUUCCAUGACCCCAAAGCCAUGUUUGGCGCGAACUGGGAGAGAUUGGUAAAAGUAAAGAAAGCGGUGGAUCCGAAAGGGAGACUGAGAGGUGCAUAUAAAAUUCCUACGUAAACAUGGUAUAGCAGAUAGAUGUCCAAGAAAAGGAAUACGAAAACAAACUGUCAAUUGCAUGAAUGGCCCU